AUGCCAAAGUCUGAUUCAGAAUGGCGUGCCAUUCUUUCUCCCGAACAAUUUCGAGUAUUGAGAGAAAAAGGCACAGAGCCUCCCGGUACUGGAGAAUACAAUAAACAUAAUCAGAAAGGCGUGUACCAUUGUGCCGGAUGUAAUAGUCCCUUAUAUGUUUCGGAUACCAAAUUCGACAGUGGAUGCGGAUGGCCUGCAUUUUUUGAUGCUAUUCCCGGUGCCAUUGUUCGUCAUGAGGAUAAUACGUUUGGCAUGAAACGCAUCGAGAUUUGCUGUGCCAACUGUGGCGGCCACCUGGGGCAUGUUUUCCAAGGCGAAGGUUUUAAAACUCCUACCGACGAGCGUCACUGCGUCAACAGCGUCAGCUUAAAAUUCCACGACAAAUAG